UGUUUCACAGAUAAAGAUGUGGAGCCCACAGUAAAAGUCAGUAAAGUCACUAGUGUUUCUGUCAAAACCACUAUAACCAAAGAGGCGGUGGUGGAGGGCCCUGUCUCCGUGGGACGAAUAGUAGGCUCAGUGGUUGAUAAGCAAGGUUUCUUGCUGAAUCUGGACACAAGGCUGCCUCCGGAGUUGAUGUACAAGUACGGGAACCUCAGCGAAGGAGCCUGCAAACCCAGCUAUGCAGCUGCCAAAAUGAGUGCUAUCUAUCCAAAGUUUAGUAAGCCAGCUUCCAUGUUUCUGGACCGAAACUUUAAGCGACUUGCAGAAGUUACAAACUAUUUUCCUCCAUUUGGAUUCAAAACACAAGAAAGAAUCAUAGAUGUUAUAUUAUCUGCCACAAAGAAUUAUGGACUGGGUCCAGAUUUAGAUAGUUUGAGUUGUAAAAGAUGUAUAAUAGUAGGUAAUGGCGGUAUCCUUAGCAACAAGUCUUUAGGAUCCCGCAUCGAUGAAUAUGACGUUGUGAUAAGACUCAACGAGGCCCCAGUGAGUGGUUACACCAGGGAUGUAGGUACUAAGACCACCCUGAGGAUAACCUAUCCCGAAGGGGCCAUCCAGAAGACCGAGCGCUAUGAGAAAGAUUCCCUCUUUGUCUUCUCUGCUUUCAAACCUCUUGACUUUAAAUGGUUGAGACAGAUGGUCUUCAAAGAGAAACUGCAAGGAACAGAGGGCUUCUGGAAGUCUGUAGCACACUCUGUGCCCCGGCAACCCUCAGAGAUACGAAUCCUGAACCCCUACUUCAUACAAGAGGCUGCCUUCCAGUUUAUUGGCCUUCCACAGAACAAUGGCCGUAUGGGUAAAGGGAACAUUCCAACGUUGGGCACCGUCGCCAUAACGAUGGCCCUUCAUAACUGCGAUGAGGUUGCUGUUGCUGGAUUUGGCUAUGACAUGAACACCCCUCAUGCACCCUUGCACUACUACGAAACAGUCAAAAUGUCUGCCAUAAAAGAGUCAUGGACUCACAACAUCUCAAAAGAAAAGGAGUUUCUCCGCAAGUUGGUGAAGGCCAACAUUAUCACAGACUUAACCAAUGGGAUUUGAACCUCCCAAGGUGGGUGCCUUUCUAGGAGGACUCAAAAACGUAGAGUCCUGGGAAACCCUGGACCAGACAACACGGAGGAGCGAGAUUUCAGAGGUGGAAGUGAUGGCUCAGUUAAGAUGCACAUGUGCCUUCUAACCGACAGGCUUCCUCUGAGCGGGACGUUGAAGGUUUCUUGAAUGUCUCAGGAGACAAUCCUCGUUCAAGUAUAGAUGGAAGAUAUCAGAGACUUUGAGGUGACCAACACACACAGCGCUUGAGGAACGAGUCGCAACAUUAACUGAUUGUGCCAAAUGUACCUCUUUUGGAGGAGAUGCCUCUUCUCUCCUGCCUGAAUGUAUUAACGGUGUAAAUAUCAAAGAUUUUUACGUUGCAUUUUAAUGAACUGCUACAGCCCCUGGGGUUCUGCCUUCACACGUGAUUCUCCGUCCAGGGCAAUCAGUGCAUAUCCUGCCCUAGUGUGAGGAAGGGCAGAGGCAGGUCUUUGAUUCAGCCCUUCUUCUGAGCACAGGAGGCUGUUUAUCUCCUGAAUGUGAGCUUAUUAUGUUACAGCUUCUUUUGUCGAAGAAAGGAGCUCAAUCUCGAAGUUAUUUAUUUUGGUGCACAGAUGAAGGCCUUUGUUUUUUUGGAAAGCUCUCUUUCCAAAAUUGAUUAUUAAAGGUGGGGUAAGCGAUUUUUCAAAAACGCUUUAGAAAACUGAUUCGGGUCGAAUAGCAAA